AAAAUAUUUAGUAUGUUUCGGUUAUUGUCGCGCUGGGCCUGUGUUGAAAACGGAAGGAGGGAGCUCUUUGGUCGGCGGCGACGCGUUUCAGACCUUUCAUAGGGAUUUGGUACAGCUCCCCAUGCCGUCUCCUCCGUUGUCCUGCGAGCUGCGACUCCUGUCGCUGCCCUCUUAAGAUUCCACCCUCUUCCUCCUCAUUUUUUUUUUUCUCUCUCAAGCUGUCUGCGCUCGGAUUCUUCAUAUUCUUUAUUCAGUUAAAAUGCCCGACCUUCAGUUUGGAACCCAUACUGUAAGAUCCCAUGGAGUUAAAGUAGCAAGGGUGCACAUGCAUGAUUGGCUGAUUCUUUUUCUUCUUGUCGCGAUAGACGUUGUCUUGAAUGUUAUAGAACCAUUCCACCGCUUUGUUGGAGAAGACAUGAUGACAGAUCUGAAGUAUCCACUGAAAAGCAAUACAGUUCCUUUUUGGGCUGUUCCUAUACUUGCAGUAUUGUUGCCUUUUGCUAUCAUUCUAGUCUACUACUUCAUCAGGAGAGAUGUUUAUGAUUUUCACCAUGCCAUAUUGGGUCUUCUGUUUUCUGUUCUUGUCACUGGAGUUAUAACUGAUGCAAUCAAAGAUGCUGUUGGUCGACCUCGUCCAGACUUCUUCUGGCGUUGUUUCCCAGAUGGAAAAGGGGUGUUUGAUUCUGUUACGAAGAAUGUUCUUUGCACUGGAGAGGGGAGUGUCAUAAAGGAAGGACACAAAAGUUUCCCAAGUGGACAUACUUCUUGGUCUUUUGCAGGUCUUGGUUUUCUUGCAUGGUACUUGUCUGGGAAAAUAAGGGCAUUUGAUCGCAGGGGCCAUGUUGCAAAGCUUUGUAUUGUAUUUCUUCCUUUACUUGUUGCAGCUUUAGUUGCAAUUUCUCGAGUUGAUGACUAUUGGCAUCACUGGCAGGAUGUCUUUACUGGAGGUCUUAUAGGACUGAUAAUUGCUUCAUUUUGUUACCUGCAAUUUUUCCCUCCUCCGUAUGACAUUGAUGGUUGGGGACCUCACGCAUACUUCCAGAUGUUAGCUGAGUCUCGAAACGGUGAAUCCACCAGCACAAAUGGUCUUAGAGUACAAUCAAUGGACAUUGAAACUGCAUACCCCCAGUCUCAUAACGGCAUGGAAACAUCAGGAAAUAUUGUCCGGGAUACAAGCCCAAUACUAGAUCGGAUGCAAAGUGGGAGAAGACAAUGACUGUUGGCUUUGACUGUAUUAAAGAGAAACACCAUUGAUGCUCAUGCUUUACUGGAUCAGUUGAAGUGUGCUCCCAUCUAUUUAGUGAUUUGAAUAUUCCUAAUCUUAUCGCUCAGAUUCUUUCUUCUUUCUCUCUUUUUUCUUUAUUUUUAUUCUUGGCUUCUCAUGUAUUCAGUGUACAUUCAUUCAGAUGCUUGAAUCAUUUCACUUUGAUCUAUUCAUCCA